AUGGGGCAGAGUGGGGAGGGAGCCAUCUCGGCAAUUCCCGUGACUCAGGGUGUUGGUAGGCCUUUUAAGAGGCAGAGGGGUUUAAACCCGCAACAGGGAGGUCGGGCUAGAACUACCUUUCUAGUGUCGGAUUUGGGUUCGGGAGAACGUAAACAGAGGGGUGUCUUUUGUUUCAAAUGUGGUCUACUGGGCCACAAGGUUUCGGGUUGCCCACAGAGGAAGGGGGCAGGGUUAGCAGUUCAACUAGUAGUUGUACCACCAGGAUCACCUAACCAGCCGGGUUAUGGGCCGAUCAAAUGCUCAGUGGGGAGGCAGUUGUUGGAGUCUUCAUCAGCCCAGAUUCUGAACCAGUCUCAUGCUCAGGCACCGCCUACUUGUUGGAUGUGUAAUCAGCCGGGUCAUAUUCGACAUUUCUGUACUCAGCAGGGGGCUUCUUUAGGGGUUUUGCAACCUAGCCAGGCUCAAUUUCAUUCGACUAGGCAGGAACAGUAUCGUUAUGGGGACUAG